AUGGCCGUGCCAGUGUUUCUCGAAGGCCGCAUCGGCUCCACGCCGGACAAGGGCGUCCCCGAUAUGACCUGCAUAUCGGAUAUCGACGAGAACGGUAUCAACCGGAAUCUGAAAGUGCGCUACGAGCGGGACCAGAUUUACACCUACACCGGAUCGAUUCUGAUCGCCGUCAACCCGUACAAAGAGAUCGACUGCUACACUCAGGAGUAUGUCGCCCGAUAUCACGGCCAGAAGCUGGGCCUUCUGGAGCCGCACGUCUUUGCUAUGGCCGAGGCGGCCUACCGGAACAUCCGCGACAACAACACCAACCAAUCGUGCGUCAUAUCCGGCGAGUCGGGCGCGGGUAAGACGGAAACGACCAAGUUCAUCCUGCAGUACCUCUGCUCGGUGACGUGCGACGUGUCGACCUGGGUCCAGCAGCAGAUCCUCGAGGCCAACACGAUCCUGGAGGCGUUCGGGAACGCGAAAACGAUCCGUAACGACAACAGCUCCCGGUUCGGCAAGUUCAUGCAGGUGUGCUUCGACUCGAAGCUCUGCAUCAAGGGGUGCAUCAUCCAGGACUAUCUGCUGGAGCAGUCGCGCAUCACCUUCCAGAGUCCGGGCGAGCGGAACUACCACGUCCUGUACCAGCUGGUGGCGGAGGGAAAGACAAACAAGGAGCUGGCGACGGCGCUCCAUCUGCGGGACGCGUCGUUCUAUCGGUAUCUGAACGCCAGCGGGUGCGCGGAAACCGGCGAUCAGUCGGCGCUGGAGAUUGCGACCGAAUCGAAGCGCUUCGAGGCGCUCCGGCUGGCGUUCAAUGUGCUGCAAAUCUCUCAACCGUUGAUCGAUGGAAUUUUCCGCGUGCUAAGUGCCAUCAUGUGGCUAGGCAAUCUGAACUUUGCCGAUGUCGACGGUGAACGGUGUCAGCUUGCGCCGGGGGAUGAUGAAAUUGUGCGCAUCGUGGCGCAGCUGCUCGGGUUGCAGGAGGCGGACCUGGAGCAGGUACUGCUGAAGCGGCAGAUAAACGUACGGGGAAACAUCACCGAGAUCCCGCUGAAGCUGCAGGAGGCGGGCGAGAAUCGGCACGCCAUGGCGAAAGCACUCUACUCGAGGACGUUCGCGUGGUUGAUCAGUCACAUCAACACGUGCAUCAACCCGGGCCAGGAUGCGUCCCGGUUUCUGGGCGUGCUCGAUAUCUUUGGGUUCGAGAAUUUUAACACAAACUCGUUCGAGCAGCUGUGCAUUAACUAUACCAACGAGAAGCUGCAUAAGUUCUUCAACCACUAUGUGUUCGCGUUGGAGCAAGAAAUUUACCGCCAAGAGGAAAUCAAGUUCUCCCACAUUCAGUUCACCGACAACACGCUGUGCUUGGAGCUGAUCGAAAAGCCGCCACGCUGCAUUCUGAAGCUACUGACGGAACAGUGCCAUAUGCCGAAGGGGUCCGACACGGCGUACCUUACGAACCUGCACGGCGAGUUUGAGUCGCACGGCAGCUACGUGAAGGGCCAGGACCGGCGCCACUGGGAGUCGGAGUUUGGCAUCCGGCACUACGCGGGCUGCGUGAGCUACACCGUGAAGGGCUUCGUGGACAAAAACCGGGACGUGCAGCAGGACGUGCUGUUCGAUCACAUGAGCCGCAGCGCGAACACGUUCGUGCAGGAGAUUGCGUCGUUUCAGGACCUGCUGUCCAUCCAGCACGUCCAGUCGGCCCCGUCGGCCACCAGUACCGUGUCGCGCGGCACCUCGAAGGGCAAGCUGACGGUCAGCGACACCUUCCGGCAGCAGCUGCAGGCGUUGGUGGAUGUGCUGCAAAGCACCAACCCAUGGUACGUGCGGUGCAUCAAGCCAAACGCCGAGAAGCUACCGAACGACUACGACGAUCAGCUGGUACUCGAUCAGCUCCGCUACCUCGGGAUGCUCGAUAUCAUCCGCAUCCGGCGCGAGGGAUUCCCGGUGCACCUGACGUUCGACGAUUUCGUGCAAAAGUAUCAAUGCCUCACGAAGCGCUUCCGUAACAUGUCCAGCCAGGACCAGGCGUUGGCUGUCAUACACGAGCUGAACGUCCCACCGACCGAGUGGCAGAUGGGGCGCACUAAGGUAUUCCUGCGCAGUGUGGUACACGAACCGCUGGAGGAUGCCCGCAAGCAGGUGAUCAACACGAAGGCACUGGUCAUCCAGCGCAACUGGAAGCGGUUCAGCCAGCAGCGCCAGUAUCAUCGGAUUCGCUCGGCCACCCUUAAGAUACAGCACGCGUACAAGGGCUGGAAGCUUCGGAUCGAGUUCCUCAAGAAGCGCCGGGCCGCCAUCGUCAUCCAGAGCCACCUGCGGGGUGUGUUUGCGCGCGAGGUUGCGACUGCACUGCGCGAAAUGCGCCGCGUCGACGAGGAAAUGCGCAAACGGGAACGGCUGGAGGCGGAAAGAAAGGAACGGGAAGCGGCACAAGCGGAAGCCGACCGGAAGGCGCUGGAGGAAAGCGAAAGGGUUGCGCAAGAAGAGAUACUCGCUUUGUCGCAUAUGG